UCAGUUUAACCACCGUUCGGUUAGGACGUCGUUUAUUUUAACUAUACCGGGGUAGUUUGUAGUACAGUGGUGGCACAGCUUUUCAAGACACAUUUAAGGACAACUGCUAAAAACGCAAAUAUUAAAAUGAAGCAAUUUUUUGUGUGUACUAUUGUCGCUGCUCUGUGCGUUGCAUCUAUAAAUGCCGCCUUCCAAUGCCCCAAACCCAAUGGCCAAUUUGAGGAUGAGGUCCAAUGUGACAAAUACUACGAGUGCGAUGAUGGUGUUGCCAAAGAGAAACUUUGCCCUGAUGGAUUGGUCUUCGACCCCUUGAACCGUAAAAUUAACAAAUGUGAUCAACCCUUCAAUGUUGAUUGCGGUGACCGCGUUGAAUUGCAAGAGCCAAAGGCUUCCAAGUUUUGCCCACGCAAGAAUGGAUUCUUCGCCCAUCCAGAUGAGACUGUUUGCGAUAUUUUCUAUAACUGUAUUGAUGGCGAUGCUCUGGAAACCAAGUGUACUGUGGGCUUACAUUUUGACGAAUUUAGUGGCACAUGCGUAUGGCCUGAAACUGCCAAACGUGAAAACUGCGUCGAAGAAACCAAGAAAUCCGCCAGUGGCUUCCAAUGCCCCAAGGAUAAACCAAAGACCGAUGCUCGUGGCCAAACUAUCACCCAUCCUAGAUAUCCCCAUCCCACCGAUUGCCAAAAAUUCUACGUGUGCUUGAACGGUGAAGAUCCACGUGAUUUGGGUUGCCAGACUGGUGAAGUGUAUAAUGACGAAACCGAAAUGUGUGAUGCACCCGAAAAUGUUCCCGGCUGUGAAGAUUGGUACAAAGAUUCUGAUGAAAAGAAAACUCGUUAAUUUCUAUGGACUAGAGUUUAACAACACAACGUUUAAAAGACUAUUAUAGUGUGCAUGCGUGUGCUCUUUUUCGCACAAAUAUUGUAGUCAUUUAGGUUCUUCCUAUAGUUUGUAAUAUUUUUAUAUGCAUUAACAUUUAUUGGCUGAACAAAUCGAUGGCUUCCAUGUUUCAGCAUCACCCACAACAAGAAUUAUUUAGUAGUUCAUUAAGUUUAUUUUCGUUUUAAUUUAAAAUUUGACUGUGCCGUAACUUAAAACAUUUCUCUUCACCUUUUCUAUACACACUCUUUACUGUGAACACAUUCUCAAUAUUAAUUUGAUCCAAAGUUUUUCUAAAUAUUUAAGCCGAUGAAACAUAUAAGUUUAUUAAAAUAUUUAAAAUUUAUUUCAAUUACGCCUGUCUUUAUUCUAAACUUCGAACCACCUUAAUGUGACAAGUUGCAUAUAUAGUAUGUUCGAUAAACGUAAGUGCCAUGGAUUUGAGGAAUGUAAUAAAAGGCAGAACAGACAGUUAUUUGCCGUUGGAUUCAUA